UGGGUCUGACCGAGCUGAGCAGAGAUAACGCGGACAGCGAAGAACAGGAGGAGCCUGGAAAUGGAGAACACGGGGUUUCUGAGGGAGUGGUUCGACCGAGUCGACUCGGAGAAAACCGGAAACAUCACAGCGAUUCAGCUCAAGAGUGCUUUUUCCGCCGGAAACCUAGAAUUCUCCAUCUCCAUUGUUCAGCAAAUGAUCAGGAUGUAUGACUUCGAUAGGAAUGGGACUAUGAGCUUCGAAGAAUUUGUUGCCCUUAACAAGUUUCUCCUCAAGGUUCAGCAAGCCUUCUCAGACUUGGAGAGGAAUCGUGGAUAUCUUGUUCCUGAUGAUGUUUAUGAGGCAUUGCUAAAAAUGGGUUUCUCCCUCGACUCUCCUGCAUUUUACACUGUCUGUGAGAGUUUUGAUCUGAAGAAGAAUGGUAGACUCCGGCUUGAUGAUUUCAUAUCUCUUUGCAUCUUCGUGCAAUCUGCAAGAAAUCUGUUUAAUUCAUUUGAUACAACUAAACAAGGCAGGGUCACUCUUGAUCUCAAUCAAUUUAUAUACUGCACUGCAAAUUGUAGGAUAUGAUGCCAAUUCCGGGGAACAGGUUAAGAUAAACAAAUGUUGUAUAUGGAAAGAAUUUGUUGGUUAUGAUAUGGCAGGAGAUAUUCAUCGGUUAAUGUUAGAUGUACUGAAACUUGUGUUUGGUUAGUGUAGAAUAAAUUGAGAUUUGUUUCAGACAUUCUGAUCCACUGGCCAGAGUGAGUGAUUUCAUCAAUGUGAUGAUAAUGGGACCCGAUGAGUAUAUGUAUCAUGAUCUUCAGUAGAAGAAAGUAUCCUGUUUUCUUCUUUA